CAUGACGCGGAACGAGAAUCUUAAGACUGCCUCAGAAAUUUCGAUACUAAAAAAUCAUCGAGUGUUUUAUGUAGUCUUUCUGAUUUCUUUGACGCAAUUGCUGCCAAAAGGUGUCUGUAUCUAAAGAAAAGAAGCAUCUGCGAGAAGAUCAACAUAACUAACUGAAGAUGGCCGAGGAGUUUGAUUUGAUUCCUGCAAACGAAAAAUGCGAUACGUUCAAGGUAGUGUUCGAUUACUACAGUCCCAGAGCUCAUUUUAUCAUUUUGCCCCGCAAUGAGUUUAUAAGCACAUACUUUGAGUUGGAUCAAAAGGCCAGGCCGAAGGUAGUCAAAUCAGCAUUGUCGAUAGUCUCUGGAUAUAAGCUUCAAAACUCGGCUAUUUUGUCAAUCCACUUUGGGUCGUGGUUGACAACAAAGGACAAGUUCCAUGCACACAUUUGUGUAGACGUAGAAGAUUAUCUCGCUAUUUUUGAAGAAAACAAGCAAAGAAUUCCCGGCUGGCCCUCGUCUGACUACGUCACGAGGCAAUGGAAAGCGAGCAAAAAUCCUAAUGACUAUCCAAUGAACGUUCGCGGAUAUCCCUUCCGAACAUAUUACUUGGAAGAGGUCGAAGCCAUUCGAGAAUAUCGGAGAAGUCCAACUGGUGAGUCCGAUAGCUCAUGUCCUCCUUUGCCGCUCAACUUUCUCCUCCAUCCGUCGGAACCAAGGGUCGGAUUUGCAGUCGAGAAGUCGAAGGAACCAAGCAGUUGUGAGUCUAAGUUUGAAGCCCUAGAAGCGAUGAUCAACUUUGCAGAACAGAACAACCUUACCAACAUUAAAUCGAAAGAUGAUAGCGAUGGAUGCCACGUGUGUUUGGUCCUUGAUGGAAGGUCGAAUGGCUUCCUUUUGGAUGAGGAGUCUCAGAUUCUCGUCGGCUUUAUUCAAGUAACUGGACUGAAGUUCUACAGAGAUUUGUGUCCUCAUGGCCAGAGAAAAGGAUGGUUCACCAAAUUUAGAACAAAGGGCGAUUACAAAGUGUUAACCUGAAUAUCUCCUCGCGACUUGUUUAAUUUCAUCUUCAGUUUCUUUUUUGCGAAGACAGCUUAGGUUGUUCUUCGUGGUCGUUUGAGGUUUAAUGGAUUUUGUUGAAUAGAUUCACAGAUAAAUCCUAUAGUUUUUUCAAUCAA